CGGAACAUACAGUACCAUUAAAUCAACAAAAUAGGAAGGUGCUAAGCCAUGUAAUAUUAUAAGUAGCAAAAGCUGGAAAACAAAUCUCAAGUGGACUGGGUGAAAAAAUGUAUUGAAACAUUUUUCAGUUAACUGUGUCAUGCAAUUGAUGAACCGAUCCAUUUCAGAUGCAUUUUGCACUGAUUCGUUGGACUGGUCCCAAUGUAACUUCAGAUUCUUAUAUUUUAUUUGAAAAGCCUGAAAAAGUGGCCUAAAUAACAAUUUCGCCGUUUGACACCCUUAAAGUUAAGUACAGUACUUGAAGAGAUGCAUUUAGUUACAUAUGGAUCUGGUGUGUGUUUUGCCUUGAGCUCGAAACGACAAGCUCCGCCCCUGGCGUUGGUGAGAGCGGAGCACGAGUCCCUGCAAUGCGACUUGUGGCCUGUAGACGGCGCCGGCGAAGCCGUUCGUUCUAAAAACAACAUCUCACCUUCAUUCUUCAGUGCCACUGCUGGAGCAUGUUACUGGGACCGACCAUGGAACGCCUUCGCCGUCAUGUAGUCCAGCGUUAGCGCGACUACAAUAGACCGUCGAGUGGGGCUUUGGAGCGGGGUGGACGACGUGUCGCCGUCGUCGAGCCAUGGCCACGCGGGAGCAAGGAGACACUGUGCACGGUAAAGCGCGGCACCACCACGACGGAGCCUGCAGCAACAGCCCGGACGGCUUCAGGAACGGCUACGUGAAGAGCUGCGUCACCCCCCUCAAACAGGACCACCACAGGGGAUUUUUGUUCAGCCAAGAUCUCCUGGGGUCCAACGUCUUCAGGGUUUCCGCCGUCUACGUGGGCGCCGUAGUCGUUCUGGCGCUUUCCGCGGUGGUCUCCCGGAGCUCGCAGAACGACUCGCUGUGGGAUUUACGGACUUUGUUGACGGGCUUCUCGCAGUCCGCCAGUCCCCUCUUCAGCAUCGGCUGUGCCUUCUUCUUCCUGACCUUCUACCUGAGGAAGAGGAAGCAGGAGGAGGGAAGCCACUGGUGGUGGCUCCUAUCGCUGCCGGCAUCGUGCUACCUCGGGGACUUCGUGGUGCUUCGCUUCUUGCAAUGGGGAGAGGAGCAGCACCAGAUGCAAAUGGUGGGCAGGUUGUUGUUCGUGCUGGGAUGCGUAGGGCUCCUCACGCUCGUCCCUACACUCAAGCUCAAACACUGUGUAGUCGUCCUGCUCUUCGCCAGCGUGGUGUGGCUACUUUCCUUCACCAGUUUAGGCGGGCUGCCGCCGCUCCUCAGGCCGCUGCUCGCCUGCGUCGCCGGGCUCUGCGGCUCCUUCCUGGGGCUCGGCUUCGACCAAUGUUAUCCGCCCAGGGACGCUCCGAGCGGGGGUUCCGCCACGGAGGACAAGGUGCCCGUCAUCCGAGCCAGGAGACGCUCCAGUUGUGUGUCACUGGGGGAAACUUCAAGCAGUUAUUACGGCAGCUGUAAAAUGCCCCGGAGACCGUCUUUACCAUGUAUAUCCCGAGAGCAGAUGAUCUUGUGGGACUGGGAUCUAAAGCAUUGGUAUAAACCACAGUAUCAGGGCGCGGCGAGUGGCAAUGGCGUUGACCUGUCAGUCAUCAACGAGGCCAGAAACCUGGUGUCAGAACUGAUGAUGGACUCGUCCUUGUCAUCCCAAACAAUCUCAACCCUGCACAGCAUCUCCAACCUCAUGGGGACCUUCUCAGGGUCGUGUCGGCCCCGGGUCAACCCUUUCACCCCAUUCCCCGGCUUUUACCCCUGUGAUGAGGUGGAUGACUCAGUGGAGAGGAGUGAACGUAAAACCAUUAAGGGUUUGAGCAGCAGAAACAGCCUGCCUACUCCUCAGCCCAGGCGGAGUUCUACCUCCUCUUCUGUGCUGCCUCCUAUCGACACACUUUCAUCACGGUGGGAACGUAACACCGGCAAGAGAUCACACCCUGACCUUAACUUGAUUAGCUCAGGACUGUCCAAUGGGCCAAAUGCAAACCUGCUCACCAUUCCGAAGCAAAGGUCUUCUUCUGUCACCCUUACCUACCACGCAGGGUCAAGGAGAGCAGGGAACUCUCCUAGUCUGAGUCCCGUCACCUCUCCCGGCCACAGUCCUUCAUCUGUAACCACAGGUUCUUCAUCGUCCCUGGUCACUCGGUCGCCUGUGGAGUUCCCAGACACAGCGGACUUUUUGACAAAGCCAAGUCUCAACGUGAACCUGCACAAGCCUUUGGGCUAUACGCUCAGCUCAUGUGACUUCCAGCAGGCAUUCCGCAGCUCCACUUUACCUCUUUGCACCAGCUGCUGGCGUCAGAUGCCAAAGGGAGUUUCCGUCGGCGAUUCAGGGGAUCUCAAUCAGCCCUUCCUCAGCGAGGCCCAACGCAGGCGCUCAGCAGGAGAAGGGCCAGAGUUCCCAGGGGAACCUUUAAUCAGGGAGGAGAGCAUGGAAGUGGAGCUACCUGGAGAGAUUGUGAGCACAGGGAAGCAGGGUGAUGCUGAGGAGGAACAGAGCCCCAGCACAGAGAAGCAAACUCAGGAAUUGGGGGGUGAGCAGGAGUUUCGACUCGACCCGAUGCUGGAAGACCAUGAUGCCCUCAUGGAGAGGAUGAACACCUGGAACUUUCAGAUUUUUGACCUGGUAGACAAAACAGGAGGAAAGACAGGAAGAAUACUCAGCUAUGUGACUUACACCCUUUUCCAGGAUACGUGUCUGUUUGAAAUAUUCAAGAUCCCUGUGAGGGAGUUCAUGACAUACUUCUUUGCUCUGGAAAAUGGCUACAGGGACAUUCCCUAUCAUAACCGAGUCCAUGCUACCGAUGUGCUCCAUGCUGUCUGGUACCUGACCACUCGACCAAUCCCUGGGUUCCAGCAAAUCCACAGUGAGCAUGUGACCGGAAGUGACACAGACUCAGACAGCGGGAUCUCUCCUGGGAGGAUAUCAUACGCCUCGUCCAAGAGCUCCUCGAUAUCAGAUGACAGCUAUGGCUGCCUGGCUUGGAACAUCCCUGCUCUGGAGCUCAUGGCCCUAUAUGUAGCAGCUGCAAUGCACGACUAUGACCACCCUGGUCGCACGAAUGCCUUUUUAGUGGCCACUAAUGCGCCCCAGGCGGUGCUGUACAACGACCGCUCCGUGCUGGAGAACCAUCACGCUGCAUCGGCCUGGAACCUCUACCUAUCCCGGCCAGAGUUUAACUUCCUGGUCAACCUCGAUCAUGUGGAGUUCAAGCGCUUUCGCUUCCUGGUCAUUGAGGCCAUUCUAGCCACAGACCUCAAGAAGCACUUUGACUUCCUGGCUGAGUUCAAUUCCAAGGUCAAUGAUGUGAACAGUCCAGGAAUUGACUGGACCAAUGAGAAUGACAGACUGCUAGUGUGUCAAGUAUGUAUCAAGCUGGCAGACAUCAACGGACCGGCCAAAGUCCGCGACCUGCAUUUGAAAUGGACAGAGGGCAUUGUCAGUGAGUUUUAUGAACAGGGCGAUGAAGAAGCGGGCCUGGGCUUACCCAUCAGCCCUUUCAUGGACCGCUCCUCCCCACAGUUGGCAAAGCUCCAGGAGUCCUUUAUCACACAUAUAGUCGGCCCACUCUGUAACUCAUACGAUGCCGCAGGUUUACUUCCUGGCCAGUGGUUGAAUGGAGAUGGAUCGGAUGAAGACAAUGAGGGUCGUGUCGACUCGGACACUGAGGAUGAUGAUGUUGAUGAUGAAGAGGAGGACAUGGAUGAACUUGAGGAGGAUCUGCGGCCAAAAAGGAGGAAAAGCCACCGCCAGUUUUUCUGCAGCAUCAUGCAGCACCUGACCGAGAACCAUAAAGUGUGGAAGAAGGUCAUUGAGGAAGAGGAGAAGAGCAAAGACGAGCAGCAGCAGCCUGACAGCCUGCCGGCCAGCAUGCCCAUGUCGCCUUCAGAUGACAUUCAGGUCAUCCAGGAGGAGGAAGAAGGGGAGGAGCGUCAGUAGCACCACCAGUGUGGAAGAUGAAGCAGAAAGAGCUGCAGAAAAGAAAGUCCUACACCCAAUAGCCUUUCACACACUGACAUGCACAUAAAUGACAUUUUUCACUCACACGCUGAACACUGUGCAGUCAAUUUUUGGAGAAACGAGAAAAAAAAAAAGGCCUUACCACUGUGAGCGAAUCCUUGCUGCAACAGUGGGAGUCCAACUCCUAUGCACUUUCAUCCCCGUGGACACUCCCGGAGCAGCUCAAACAAGAAGACAAAGCAUCCAUCACAAAUGAGGUCACAGGUGCGGAAGAAGAGCAUCAGAUUCCUGGGAGGACCUUGGAUGUCCUUUUCUUUGACCAUGCCUUGAAUGCGUAGCGCUUACACCUCCCUUAGGUACAAAACAAGUCGUGACUAUUUAAAAAAAAAAAAAAAAAA